AUGAAGGAUGAGAAGCCUAAGCCCUACCAAGAACAUUUGGAGAACUUGAUUAAGAGCUUCGAAGAGAUCACCUCCGUGUAUUUGCUAAGGGACAAUAACAGAUUCGUCGACGCCUUAGCUACUUUGGCUUCAAUGGUUGAAUGCAAUCCAAAAACUCAAGUCCGCCCAUUCUUGGUGGAUAGGAGGUAUGAACCAGCACAUGAAGAGUUAGUAAAUGCUCUGACAACUGAUGGGAGGUCGUGGUUCAUUUCCAUCAUUGAUUUCAUCAAAGAGAAAAAAUAUCCUCUGAAUUCCACGACAGGUGAACAAAAGCAGUUCCGAAAGCGCACCACACAUUUUAUACUUCAAGGUGGCCUGUUGUACAAGAGAUCUUAUGACGGCACACAAUUGCUAUGCGUAGACGAGGACCAAGCCCGAGUAAUCAGGAAGAAAUUCACCAGGAAAUCUAUAGGCCGCACAUAA